GCCUUUAUCAAGCCAACAAAACAAACAAACUGCACAAGCACAACACACCACAUUUCUUCUCCUCUGAACCCCCUCUCUCGAUCUCUCUCUGGAGAGAGAAAUCAGCACAAUGGGCGGAAAGAGAUUUGGUGUUCUCUUAUGUGCAGAUGACUCAGAUUACGUGAAAAAGAAGUACGGAGGGUAUUUCGGAGUUUUUGUGGAAAUGCUGGCGGAGGAAGGGGAAACCUGGGAUGUUUUCAGAGUCGCAGCUGGUGAGUUACCCUCCGACGAUCUUAUCGGACUCUACGAUGGCUUUGUUAUUACCGGGAGCUGUAGUGAUGCUUAUGGUAAUGAUAUUUGGAUCUGCAAGCUCUUGAAUCUGCUACAUAAGUUGGUUUCUAGCAAGAAACAAAUUCUUGGUAUUUGCUUCGGUCACCAGAUAUUGGGACGUGCACUGGGUGGAAAGAUCGGUAGAGCAACCACAGGAUGGGACAUUGGUGUUACUAAAGUUCAGCUCUCAUCAUCAUCUAAGUUGUUCUCAUCUUUGAAGAUGCCUGCUUCCUUGUCAGUGAUCGAAUGCCAUCGCGAUGAGGUGUGGGAGCUUCCUCCUCAGGUCGAGGUCGUGGCAUGGUCCGAGAAGACAGGGGUGGAGAUGUUCAGGUAUGGUGAUCAUAUUAUGGGCAUCCAGGGUCACCCUGAGUACACAAAGGAUAUACUACUCCAUCUGAUUGAUCGUCUCCUCCAACGCAAUUUUAUUCUGGAGUCUUAUGCUGACAACGUGAAGUCGAAAGUGGAUACAGGUGAACCGGAUAGAGAAGCGUGGAAGAAGUUGUGUACCAGUUUCCUCAAGAAAAAGCUGUGAACGAAAGCUGGAGUGGAAUGUACAUACGAAUUGCUCGAGUAACCUCCUGACAUCCCUUCUGUCAUAUUAUUAGCGAAAAAUGCACUUUGUCCUUGUCAGAACUUUUAUCCACCAGAACUCGAAUGAGACAAUUCUAUCUUCAUUUCAUUUCA